CUCAGUGGAAUCUUAAGUGGGGGGGGGGGGGGGGGGGGGGGGGGGAUUUUCUGCCCAAUGAUUUGAGAUUGAUGAAUGUUUCCACGUAUGGAGCAUGUCUUUGAUGUUUUGCAGGAUGAUUGAUGCAAGUCAUGAGUACAUUCAUCACUUGGUGAAGCAUGAGAAAUACGACACCAUAUUCAAGCAAUGGCGGUACAGUGAGGCAGGACCUCACUAGUGUUGGACUUGGAAAUGUUCACCAUGUUCACCAUGUUCAGGUGCUGGACAGCGAUGUCUGGGGUUCUCUUUCAUCCCCAGUAGCGACACCUCAUGCGGUUAACGAGCUCAUCUACCGCGAGCUCUGUGUGGAGUUCUACUCCACCUUAUCCCAUGUGAUCCCGUCGAGCAAGCGCAAAGGGCCGUAUGUGGAGUUUAUGCUGGGAGGUCAUCAUCAUGUCCUGACCUAUGAUAGGUUCACCCAGGCCAUGAGGCUCCACCCCACACACAUGACCAUGACGGAGAGGCAAUAGACAGCUAACUUCCGCUACGACUAGGCCUUCCACACCAUGUGCCUUCCGACGCACCAGAACAUAGAGUUCAAGGGCUCAAACACCAAUGCAGUCAAGCUCCGGAUGCCAUUGAGGAUCCUGCACACACUGCUCAUGAAUUCGAUCAUCCCUAGCCUGCGAUCGGGGCACAUGAUCACCAACAGAGGGUUGAUAGCCCUCCAUACCCUGAGCCGUCCAGCAGAGCCACACCAUAUGGGAUCACUGGUGGCCACCACAUUCGCUAGAUGCCUGGGGCAUGAUCGAGCGGAUAUGAUGCACUUGGAGGGAUUCAUCACGAGGCAGGCCUAACACUUCGGGGUUGAUCUAACGGGAUGCUCCACCAUCUGUCGAGCCGAGUCAUUCCCCGUGGAGAUGCUUUACAACAAGAAGCUCGGUGACUCGCAUGAAACUACACCGCAAAUUAAUCCCGACUAGAGUCCAAGUUUUUAAACUCUAGCCGGGUGCAGUAUAGAGCAACUAUUUAAAUAUCAACCCGGGCCGGUCCAUGUACCCCUACUUCAAUCACUUAGGUUGUUAUCUAGCAUACAACUUUAGGGUUUAGGUCUAAUGGAACUACAAAUUAAACAAGCAAAGAAAAGUAAAUAAAGGAAAAUUCUAACUAAGGGAGCUUCACCCGGAAGUUGCUUCCCCCUAACAAGCUACUGUGACUCGUUGGAUUGAAACGAUUGCUAUGGGCCAGGUAACCGCGAACCGCAGAGGGAUGCAUAUAUGGUCCUAGACCACAAUCUCAAUUGCUAAACUGAGGUAAGCAUUAAAGGCCGAGUCACUCGACCCUCUCGGUUUAGGCAAUCGGUAGUUGAUUUACUCCAUCACUCAACUCAAAGGUCAGACGGCUUAAUCACGAUUAACCAAUUUGCUUAUUUCAACUUUGACGGUUGCCCUAAAUUAAUCUAGUUAGGUGGCUUAAAAAGCGGAAGGAAAACCAACUCGAUUGGGUCUUCCUUGGAAGGUGGAUUUUCCUCUCUAAGCUAGGUUAAGGUGACUAAUUAGAUUGCUAGCACCAACAUGCACAAACCUAAGGGUGCGAAGCACAAUUAUGCACAAUCCUUAGGUUGCUAAGCACCAAAAUGCACAAACCUAAGGAUGCUAAGCACAAAACAUGCACAACUCCUAGGUUGCUAAGCACAAGCAUGCACAAGCAUGCACAAUCAUGAUGAAUAAUACCUCAAUCAUUGAAUUAAGCAAUACCCAAUGACAAUCAUUCAAUCUAAACAAGUAAUUACAAAGUAUUAGUUAGGGAUCUACAACACCCAAGAGAAAAGAGUGAGUUUCUAGAGAGAGAGAGAGAGAGAGAGAGAGAGAGAGAGAGGGAUUACAAAUUUGAGCUCAAGAUCAUCUUCUUUUUCUCCUUCUUCUAGGCUUGAAUCUUCCACCCAAGCCUCCAAUGAUGCUCCAAGAUCACUCUAGCACUCUCUCUCUCUCUCUCUCUCUCUCACUAAAACUCCCCCUUGGUGUUUAGGUUGAAACCCUAGAGAAAGAAAGUGUUUCUUCUCCAAAAACCAGCUCUCUCCUUCUCUCUCCCCGCUGUUGUCUUCAUAUUUUCCUAAGAGUGAUCAGUUCACGGACGCGUUUGCCAGUUCACGGUCAUGAAUACCUAAACGUGUCUGUGAACUCAGCACCGUCCAAUACGCACUGCUUCACUAUCCUGGGUUCACAGUCAAUGGCCACAGUUCACGGUCUUAGAGACUGUGAACUGCCUUGUCGUCAGUAACUUUAGGAGCCUCGCUAGAAGCCUCGGUAUUCACGGUUUGUGGUUGAAGUUCACGGUCUUAGGAGACCGUGAAUUGCCGCAUCCUGCGGCUGUUUCCUGGGACGCCUUCACUUCACUAUUACGACUUUGGAAUUUUCUUUGAUUUUUGCGCUUUUUGACCUCCAAAUAUCCCAAAACUCGUCCUCGACCCUUCCACACCUGCUAGUACCUGAAAUGUAUCAAGACAAGCACACCUAGCUUGAAAUAUGUCGAGGAACGUGAAAUACUAAGCUAAAGAAUAAUAAAUGAAGGGUAAAAUGUGUACAUUUGGGCGCGAAUCACUCCCCCACACUUAGACGUGUGCUUGUCCCCAAGCAAACCAAGUACAAUACAAGGUAAGCUUACAACUUCUUUUUCAACACAUUUUUUGAGGCAUAUCAUAGGGAACAAAACGAAUGAAUCACAAUGGUUAUUUGACACCGACCUAUGGACAAAAACAAAGUAAUCUUGGCAACCACCACAAACGACAUUCAACCGUAUUAAGAUUGUGCAAAAGAAGAGUUCUCACAUUAUUCAUCAACCAACACACAACAUGCCUUGCCUUCUCACCAAUCACAGUUACUCAUGCAUGAAGAUGACAUCAUAAGAACGAACAAUCGAGCAACCUAGGUCCUCACCGGGGUAAAAGAAAUGAACAAAACAUGAUGAAGAAUUACUCACUCUCGACCAAUGGGGUCAGGACCAUUUGAUGCAAAAGAUGUGCAUAUUCACGCUCAAUCCUAACGUCCCUUUAUCAUGACGAUAACCUCUAAAUGUUAGAGUUCACAAGAUGGAUGUUGUUGCUAGCUUGUCCGGAGGUCUUAGACACAGGUUCAAAUGACUGGAUAGGGUCUAGGACACGGGGAAAAGGCUUUUUGGGUGGUGGCAAACAAAACAUGAGGUUCCACAUCUUCAACGUAAGACACAAGGUUCUAUGGUUUCGACUAGAACCUUCCCUACAAACAACGACCACUAGCAUCGGCCAAAAACCGCACUUCCCACUAUUCCAAACCACAACCAAUCACCAAACCAUAUCAUGCAUACUUUCUUGCUACAUUUGCUAAUCAAUUUUAAGCACAAGA